CACGCCAUGGAGUUUGAAGCUAAAGUCUACCCUCAGAUUGGAGGAUACGGACGCUAUAACCGGCUCGUUGCGGUUUUCACUUGGUUUCCGCACUUCGCCGUGACUUUGAACCUGUUUUGUGAUGUUUUCUUCACGCUCGUGCCGGAGUCGUACCAGUGCCGCGCGGACCCGGACUUACUGCCCUCCGCUUUCCUCCUCAGCAACUUCUCCUCUCAGACCUACCUCAACCUCACCGUGCCCUGGGUCAACGGCUCCGGACUGAGCCACUGCCAGCUCUACAGGUACCCGAGGAACUGGAGCACGGACACGGAGCCCCGGGAGUCCCGGGAGUCCCGGGAGACGGUACCGUGUACCAGGGGGUGGUGGUACGGGAAAGCCGCAGGGCUGCACAGCAACUUCGUCACCGAGUGGAACUUAGUUUGUGAGGACUUCUGGAAGGUUCCCCUGCAGCAUGUCUGCUUCAUGACCGGCUGGAUCCUCGGCUACGUGCUGCUCGGCUCGCUGUGUGACUGGUUAGGUCGGCGUCAGGCUCUGCUGAUCUCGGUGUCUUUCUCAGGCCUGCUCGGAGUCACUGUGUGUUUCUCCAACAGCUCAGUGGUGUUUCAGCUCCUCCGUCUGGGCCAGGGCACUGCGCUUGCUGGUGUCCUCCUCUCCUCCUAUAUCACCCGUGUGGAGGUGUGUGAUCCCCCUCACAGGCUCAUGAUGUCCAUGGUGAGUGGUUUCUUUUCCGUGUUCGCUGAGCUCAUGCUCCCGGGACUGGCUGUGCUGUGCGGCGAGUGGCCAGUGUUGCAGGCUGUGGUUACGGUGCCUCUGCUGUUGCUGCUGUCCUACGGAUGCUGGCCCUCUGUCUUCCCCGAGUCUCCCCGCUGGCUUCUGGCCACAUCUCAGAUUCCUCAGGCCAAGAGAUGCCUACAGCUGUUCACCUCCCAUAACAAAGUGUGUAGGAGGGACGAUCUCUACCCUGCUGAGACUCUUCUGACAGAGAUAGAUGUGGCGUUCCCAGAAGACCCUCAGCCCACGUACCACCACAUCUUUGAGCUUCGUCACACCAGAGUUAUCUGGAGGAACUGUCUCAUCCUGGCCUUUACCCUAUUUUUAGGCACAGGGAUCCAGUACUGUUUCACACGGAAUCUCAGCAGCUACUCACCACACUUCUACUUUUGCUAUUUCCUGCGUGCUGUGACGGGAGCCGUGGCGUGCGCCUUCCUAUGUGUGUCUGUCGAUCGUGUGGGCCGGAGAGGAAUUCUACUGAUUACUGCAAUCGUCACAGGCCUGUCCUCACUGCUGCUGCUGGCCCUCACACAAUACCUGCAUGGAGGACUGGUUUUGGUGCUAUCAUUAGUGGGACUUCUCUCGUCUCAGGCUCUGGCCAUGCUCAGCGUGUUCUUCGCCAGUGAAGUCAUGCCUACUGUCGUCAGAGGUGGCACUCUGGGCCUGGUGAUGGCUGCCGGCAGCGUGGGCACAGCAGCCUCGUCCCUGAUGGAGCUGCAGAACAACGGCGGGUACUUCCUGCACCACGUAGUGUUCGCCUCGUUUGCCGUGCUCUCCGUGCUCUGCAUCAUGCUACUCCCCGAGAGCAGGCACAAGGCCUUGGCCGACUCUCUGAAAGACGGAGAGAGACUGCGUCGUCCUUCACUCUUUCACUCCAGGAGAGGGAGAGAUGACCUCCCACUGCUCCACUGCCACCAUCCGUCUUCUCGGUACAACCCGGAGAACUACUCGCGCCUGCUCAGUGCCACCAGAAAAAUGCUCACCCAGGACACAGUGCCGUACAAGACCGGGCUGUCACCUCAGCCAACGCUGCUGCAGAGUAACGACUCUCCAAAUGGUGACUGUGAUGGCUCAUCAUAGCACCGGGUUAUAAUUGCACACUAGUGACUUUUACAUGAAUUUUAGAUUUUAUGAAGUACUUUAUUUCCAGCUGCUGUUCUGAUCAUCUCUGUCCAGUAGGGGGUGCUACUCAUUGCCAGGAUAAACUUGAGAAUUGAGAUAUGUGAUGCUUCAUAUUGAUAAUAUUAAAGUAUUGUUACUAUUUUUGCUUUCACUAUCCUAAAUAGGCUAAAGUCAGUCUCUAGGUUGAUCGAGUCUGCUCUUUCUACUUCAAGGUGUGAGAGAAGGAGAAAGCAUGCUUCCUUCCUUAUAUUUAAAACGGUCCACAUGAUAUCUUUUCUAAAAUAUCUACAGGUGAAGCUGUGGUCCUGUAAUCUUCUCUCACAAUACAAAGAUCUCACAUCAUUAUAACAUAUUAAAAAAGUAAUGAUUCAUUACUUUUAUAAAAUCAAGUCUACACUAAGAGCUUCAUCCUGGUCCAGGUUAUGAGAGAAUGUUCCACAAACACUGGCUGAAAAUUUAAUUACUGGACUGCCUUUUUUUUUUAUCAUUUCUCCACACUCUUCAUGCAGUCAUUCCUAUGAGCCAUUAUAAUUUAUUCCCUAUAUUUUCAUGUGUUUAUGUUCCAGUGAUAAGCUAAGGAUCACAUGAGAGCUGCUCCUCAUUCACUUAGCUGGUCUCAUGGCCCUCAUUAAAUGUAUCUUGUGACCUCGCCUUUCUGGGACUUUUCACUAUCUUAAUGUAACUGACCUCACUGAAAGGUGCUCACACUGUAUAGCUCUUUGUUUGUCCUUUUAUCUGUAUUUCUGCCCUGUUGCUAUUGUCUGAUGUGCACUAAAUGAAGUGGGUUAGUGAUGUAAAGUAAGCUGAUAACUGUCACAUGAGAAUAAACAUACUCUGUGAAUCGAGUAUAUCAUUUACAUCUUCUGCCAUCACUUUCUCACUUUAUUUAUUCUUUAUCCAAAAUGUGACCUGUAUGAUGCCUUUUGUUUGUUUGUUUUUUGUAUGGGACUGAUUUGCUGUGUGGCAAUGCCUGGGAAAUGCAUUUUUUAAACUUAUGUACAUGUAUGGAACUGCAAUAAAAUACAUAUUUGGAUGCAGAUAAA